AUGGCACUCAGCACGACAACCGACGCAUCGGUGGAUGUGAUUGCACAAAAGCGGCUCGAGUGUCUGGAAACGCUGAACCAAACCAUCGACACGACGGUCUCGGGACUAUUUUGCCCGGGCACGUGGGACGGGUGGCUGUGUUGGCCAGACACGGCGGCCGGAACCUCGGCGUACGCGCUCUGCCCCGAGUUCAUCUCCGGCUUCGAUCCGCGGAGAUUCGCUCACAAACUGUGCGAGGAUAACGGUGAGUGGUUCCGACAUCCGCAAACGAACAAAAGUUGGUCCAACUACACGACCUGCAUCAACCUGGACGAUUUCGAGUGGCGGAAGCAGGUUAACCUCAUAUACGAAACCGGAUACUCCAUCUCGCUGAUAGCCAUCCUGCUGUCGCUCGCCAUUUUAAGCUACUUCAGGUCGUUAAAGUGCGCCAGGAUAACGCUCCACAUGAACCUGUUUGCCUCGUUUGCCUGCAACAACUUCCUCUGGCUGCUCUGGUACCGCCUGGUCCUGACCGAGCUGGACGUGCUGAAGCAGAGCGGCCCCGGCUGCAUAACGCUGCACCUGGUGUUGCACUACUUUCUGCUGACCAACUACUCGUGGAUGCUGUGCGAGGGCUUCUACCUGCACACGGUGCUCGUGUCGGCGUUCGUGUCGGAGCAGAAGCUCCUCAAAUGGCUGCUGGCUCUGGGCUGGGGCUCGCCGGGCCUCUUCAUCCUGCUGUACGGCUUCCUGCGGGGCUACGCCAGCCCGCCGACCGACACGAUAGAGUGCUGGAUGAAUGAAAGUUUCUUCAACAAGGUGUUCGUGGGCCCGGUCUGCCUCUCGAUGCUGCUGAAUCUCGUGUUCCUGUUCAACAUAAUGCGAGUCCUGCUGCUGAAACUAAAAGCACCGGCGGGUCCACACGGUGCCGGACCAUCGAGGACGAUUCUGCAAGCAUUUCGGGCCACACUGCUGCUGGUGCCGCUGCUCGGUCUCCAGUACAUGCUGACCCCGUUCCGUCCGGACCAUGGGCACCCGUACGAGCGGACCUACGAAACGAUGCUCGCCUGCACAUCGUCCUUCCAGGGUCUGUUCGUGGCCGUGCUGUUCUGCUUCCUAAACGGCGAGGUAAUCGCACAAGUCAAGCGCAAAUGGCGGACGGUGUUCCUGCGGACCCGGGCCAACUCCUACACGGCGACGCAAGUGUCGCCGGUCCGCUUGCAGUUCGUUCGUUGCGGUCCACCGGUGCCGGGCGAGGAGAAGGUUUGACUAAAGGAGAACUCAGAACCCCGCCCUGACCAGCCCGCUAGCCGGAAGCCGCGCCAGAACCGGAGCAAGCGGAAGCACUCGCUGUUGCUGCCAGCGGCCCCGGCCGAACAACAGCUGGCCCAGCAGGCGGUCACCAGCCCCCAUUGCCGGCCGACAUCCGUCGGCGAACUGACCGCUUCCGGCGAACUGGCGCUCUGCUCGACGGGGCACCCCGAUACUGCCACCACCAACACAACGAAGCCGUCACCGCCGCUCCCAUCGGACGGUCCGACUGGCCAGAGGGUACACUUCCGCACACCGGAACCGGAGUCCGAUCGGCGGUGUCCGCCACCGGAUGGCCGAAGCGUCGCGUUCACCGAGUUGAGUGCGGUGCAGAACGGGCGCAGCAAGCCCGGUCACUACUCGCCGGCACCGGCCAACGGCUUCCAUCGCCACCAAAGCCACGACGACGAGCCGGAAGACGAGCUGGAUGACGAGGUUCCCGCGGACGAGGUACUGUAAGGUGCGCGGUGCCGGUGGCCGAGUUCCUGCCGGUUGUAGCUUUAAAAUGUGUAUCGCUGAAUGUAAAACUAAUGAAUGGCCAAAAACUAUCCUAAACUUACACCUUUGAGCUGAGCGUGAGAUGAGGUGAAAUCGUUUUCUAUGUUCUAGUGCGAGUUGCUGGACUUUGUAAAAAACAACAUAACCUGCUUAACUGUGGUGCUAAUGUUAAUGUUUCGUUUUAAAUAAAGUUUAGUAAAUUCUUCCUAAGGGACCGUCGAUGUAAGUGGGAUGCUACGGUGCGCCAAACAAUCGAAACCGCGACGGCGUUAGGCAAAGGAACUUUUCCUAGAAACUGAGAUACAAAAGAGGGGAACGAAAGGAAUGCAAAUUGAGUCGGUGCUCUAUGCUUCCGACCACACGCACUUAAAAGAGUUAGUUAAGUAUUAUAUGUACGAUAAUCAAAGGCAGGGUUUCUGGGUUCCCGAAACGAGUUCGAAAGCGAAAAAGAGAGACAGACCGAUAUGAUAGAUGGCGAUUAACGUGGCAGCCGUGGCUCGAAAGUAUUAAACAAUCUGCCACACUGUGUCCUCUAGACUUAAUGAGACGUUUUACAAAACAUUUGCGCAAGAAACGCGGCGGUGUGUGUUACGGAGAUCGCCACCGGAAACUAGACGUAAUAGAACAAACUGGUUAUAAGUGUUAUCCGAUACUCGCUGUAGCAAAAACCUGUCACCUGUGAAAUGCAACCAACUAUGUUUGAAAAUGGGCCGAACGUU